AUGCCGCAGUUAAGGUCAGGGAAAGUGGUAACUGCCAGCCAGGUCAAGUCGGCUGACACGGUCGUCAUCAGCCCGGUGGGGGUUGGACGUGAGCUGGGAAAAAAGUUGGUGGUUGAGCAAGGGCCUGACCUGGUACCAAAGAGAAGAUCUGAGCAGCAACGUGCCAUGCACCCCAGUGUUUCCUGGGAGCAAUUAACUCCUCUUGUGCCCAUGCAGGAGAACGGUGAGAGUAGCCUGAGACUCCCAGGUAAAAAAAACAGAGGCAUACAGUGCAGGAGGGCUGCCAGGAGCGAGAAGGGUGUAGCUCUGCCAAUUUCAGACACUGCUGUAUGUGAAGAUUUGCAGGCAGGGACCACAGCUGCAGCAAGGUGCUGGGAAGAGACUGUAAGGAGAGGGACAGGACAAGGUCAACAGCUAUUUUUCUCAGGAACUACUUUACAGAAUAAAUUCUCAGCAGGCACUGAAAAGAAAGAACGUAGCUCAGAAGGACUGAACCUCUCAGGUUUCCAGGAGAGUUCAGGGAGCUCGGGAGAAAAAGGCAAAUACUCCUUUAUGGAAAUAAAACUACAAAUCCCAUCCUCAGAGGAGGAACUUGAGAGCACAGAGAGACAUGGCAUUUCCCAUUUGCCAGAACCAGAGGUGCUGCAACCCAGAAAGGGCACAUACAGUACUGAAAUGGAAAGCAGCAGCUCCUUAAUGAUACUGAAGAUGCAAAUCCCAGAUCUUAUGAAUAAUUUGGGGACUCAGGAAUCCUUGUCAGAACCAAAACCUCAGGAAGAGGCAGGUAUGCUAGAGAAGUUGGAUGGGUAUUCUUUAAUUGGAUCGAGAAAGCCAGCGACACUGGAAGAAGGAAAGAGAUACCUGAGCAAGAAAGGCAGGACAACCUUGAUGAAACGAAAACUACAAGGUCCCAGAGAGGGGGGUAGAUCUGCCUUGCUAGAACUGCAUACACAGUGUCCAGAGUCCAAGAGAGGAGCUCCGCGUCUGAGGAAGAGGAACAGAAAUGCACUGGUGUCACAGCAGCUACAAGGUCUAAGUGACCAAGAACAACAGCCAACUAGAGGAAAGACAUGCAAGCGUUGCAUGAAAGAAGAGCAGCAGAGCUCAAACCCUGAAAAAGGACCAGACAGCCUGGAGGAAAGUGCAAAGGGGAAAAGGAAAGCAACUGAGCAAGACUCCAGUACACAGACUGUGAAGAAACUUAAGACAAAUCAAAACAGAUCAGAAGAUUCCAAGGAAAAAGAACCUCACUGCUCUAAAUCUACGGUUGCGACAUUAGGUGAGACUCAAAGCAAGAGCUUCCUGUGCCAUCCUGUAAGAAAAAAGUCUGGUGUGCAGUAUAAAAAAAGGAAGCCCAAAAUUGAUCAAAUCAAGUGCUUGCAAAAUUUUAGGGUGGCUACAGCUGACAAAGUGAGAUAUGUAUCUGCAAAAUGUGAUGCUGAACAUUGCAGAAAUGCCCUAAACCAUUGUAAUGGCUUGCUCUGUGCAACAGGAAAGAAUCCUUUUGUGAGAUUAGAGGCCUGUAGUUACAUCAAUACAUUUGUAAAGUCUUCAGCUAGUGGAACUACCAGCAGUUACAAGUUAAGUGGAUUCUUCCAUGUAGCCCAGGAUAAAAGAAAGUGUGUUCUUCCUGAUGGUACUACAGAACAGACUGAUGGGGAUUGCAGCCCUAGUAGAAUGGAAAAUGAGAGAUCACCCAUAAAAGGUGGUUUACUGUUUAACAAAGAAAAAACUCAAAAAGGAGAAGAGCGUUUUUCAUGCUGUCAGAGUGAAAACAGUAAGUGUUUAAGGGGAAAAAAGUGGAAUAUUGUUAGAAAGCAUAGAAAAAAGAUGAAAAUCACUGAGAAAUCAGAAGUGCAGAAUAUUUUCACAGACAUGGGUAAUGAAAGCAGUGAGUGUGAGUUACAAACAGAAGCAGCAGUUGCUCUGUCAAGCUCCUUUGCAGUCUUAGGACUAAAUCAUAAAGAAAUUGCUCUGUCAUCUUCAUGUAAUCAUACAUCAGAUCUUCAUAUAGGAAAAAAUACUCAUGAAGCAAAAAAUAUAUCAGUCUGGAGAAAGAAUAGUACCAAAUUACUUGCGUUUGAAGGUGGCUUUAAGAAGACAUCUGAGCUCUCUGUAACAGCAGAAGGAGAAAAUUCAAACAGUGUGUCACAUCAUUCUGCUCCCUCAGGUAGCCUGAGAGUGCUGGCUCAGGUCCGUGAUGUUUCUAAUUGUCACAAAAGCAAGACAGAUGAAAAAUUGAACAAAGUUAAUAAGAAAUUGCAGCGGCUUACCUGUCGAAGAACAAUACCUAUGACUGGUAAAAAUGUUUGGCCUUUCGAAUCUUGUGCCAGGACUUCUGAAUGGGUUCAUAAAAAUCGUGGAUCCAUCUCAGAAAGAAAAAGACACUCAAGGGCUGCCUUUGAGGAAUCCUCCGAUAAAAGCAGUGUUAAAGCUGAAGGAAACAGUGCUGUGUCUGGGAAUUUGGCACGGUUGGAUUUGCAUAUGUCAUCAGAAGAAAUUAACAAAGAAUCUACACAUGAAAUAAUGGAUCCAAAUACUGAAUGUCUGACUUCACUUGAAACACCAGAAUCCUCUUCCAUAGAUAUUUAUGAGACUUCGAGAAUGAGCAAUGAAAACGCGGAAUCAGUAGUUAAUAUGGAUAGAAGUGCUGUGGCUUUUAACUGUGAUGAUGUGCAAGAAGUUAAACCAACCUUGAAUUUGACAAUAAAACAAAAAGAUAAAAAUAAAGGAGCUGUAACAAAAAGAAACCCGUCUGUGAUAGUCCAGAAUGGUGCAUCCACAGGUAACAAAAACAGAGUAAGUUUUAACAAUAAAGCAUCAGUAGUGAACCAGACAUUUUCUGAUUUAAAGCUAAUGAAAAUAUUAAACACUGGGAACCUGACAAAAUUCAAAAUUCCUUUAUGCAGAAAAAAACCUGAAUCCAGGAAACUGGAAUCUGCCUGUUCCUUUGAAAGGAAAACCUGUAGUCAACUAGAGCUUCUUGACAGCACUGGUAUUUCAAGGAUGCAGAAAACAGGUGAACAGACUUCUUUAGUAAAUUCCAAGCAGCAGCCUCUUCCUGUUGCAAAUGAUGCCACAUGUACAGCUUCCAUGAAGGAAAAAGCGGAUGAGAUCAGCAGUAAAGACUUUCAGCAUGAUGGUUCUGAAAACCUUUCAAAUGAGAUGUCUGUGUUCCCUGAACAUUUUUCUUUAUAUCCACAUCCUUUUCUUGACAAACAACUAGAGUCAUCUGUGCCUGAUUUCCGUGAUACUGAACGUGUACUAAAAUCUGAUUUUCCUGAUUGUUCUUGCAAUGCAGUUGACCACCCCGUUGCAUUAGAAAUAAAUGAUGAUAGAAAAUCAAGAGGGAAUCUUUCACAACACAAAAGUAAAAAUUUUCCAGACAUUCUUGAAGCUUAUGAAGAAGAUGUUCUUGUCCUUGAUGUGAUUCAGGAUGACCCUGACCUUUUUGGAACCAGUAGUGAAGAGGAGCACGCACUUGGAGACUGUGAAAGUUGUCCUGUGAAGGCAUCCUAUAAUAGCAUCUGCAUUAAACAUGAAAAGCAGGAUCUUGAGCCUGAGUAUCCUGUUAUCUCAGAAAAUAAAGAUUCAAAGAACAAUGCAAGCUCUUGCAUACAAGAAUCUGGAAUGUCGAAUGAUACUGAAAAUUCCUGUGAUUGGGUGCUGAACGCUACAAAUAUUAAAUGCCACAACUCCUCCAGAGGAAGCAGUCCUUUGAGAGGUGUUACUGAGCACUUCCUUGAAGAUGGGCAGCUGAGAGAACUAGAUGAACUUCUAGAGAGUUAUGACAUGGAUGAAAAGUUCAGGUUUGCAAGUGGAGUGCCUGAUGUUAAACAAGAAAACAAGGGUGAAGCUAAACAAAGUGACUGUAAAUACAGAGGUUUUGUGAACUACGAAUUGCUAUCAGGAUUGCCAUUGCAUGCCCCGAAAGUAAACGUCCUCAGUGAAGCUACAGCAAUGAAACCCCAGACAAGCG